AUGUCGGGCCGACUGGCGAAGUGGGCAAUCGAACUAGGAGAACACGACAUAAAUUACUGCCCAAGGACUAGUAUCAAGGGGAAAUCGCUAGGUGACUUCUUACUAGAAAUUCCGGACGAAGGGGACCCAACCAAAGAGAAAGUGUGGGUGGUUGAGGAGGCCCCGGCUGACAACAACUCAUGGACUUUGUAUAUGGAUGGGGCAUCCAGCAGGGAAGGCUCAGGGGCGGGGCUGAUUUUGACCAGAUCGGAAGGAGAAAAGGUAACCUACGCCCUUCGUUUCGAUUUUCAUACGUCAAACAAUGAAGCGGAGUACGAAGCGCUACUCGCAGGAUUGCGUCUAGCCAAGCAGAUGGGCGCGAAAGCUGUAACAGCCCUAACUGACUCGAGGCUAGCAGCAAACCAAGUCAAUGGGAGCUUCGAGGUGAGAGAUCAAAGGAUGGGAAAGUAUGUAAAGAUGGUAAAGCAAUUGGUAGGACUAUUCGAGCGGUUCACAAUCAAGCAGAUACCUAGGAGUGAAAACAAAAGGGCCGACGCCUUAAGUAAGUUGGCAUCCACAUGCUUCGACCGUCUGUCGAAGAAGGUCCUAGUAGAGGUACUUCGCGAAAGAAGUAUAAAUGAGUAG